GCGAGCGGGCAGAAGAACCCUGCGCGCGCGGCGAGGAUGGAACGUUACUAGAGUUCGCGGGUCUGGCGCCGGGGGCCGGAGCCGCACGCUUCGAGCCGCUGCGCGCCAAAGCGGGAAUUUAGGAGGCGGGCAGCUCUGCAGUUAAUGCAGGUAAUUUAAAACAUCCGAACCUGUGGACGCCAUGCACAGGAAACACCUCCAGGAGAUUCCAGACCAGAGUGGCAACGUCACCACUAGCUUCACGUGGGGAUGGGAUUCCAGCAAGACUUCUGAACUGCUGUCAGGCAUGGGGGUCUCCGCCCUGGAGAAGGAAGAAGUGGACAGUGAAAACAUCCCCCAGGAACUGCUCUCCAAUGUGGGCCACCCGCAGAGCCCCCCACGGAAACGACUGAAGAGCAAAGGGAAUGAGAAAGACUUCGUGAUCAUCCGCAGGCCGAAGAUCAAUAGAGAAAAUGUCCCAGGUGUUUCGUGGGAUUCCCUUCCCGAUGAGCUGCUCCUGGGAAUCUUUUCCUGUCUAUGCCUCCCCGAGCUGCUGAAAGUCUCCGCGGUUUGUAAGAGAUGGUACCGCCUAGCGUUUGACGAGUCUCUGUGGCAGACAUUAGACCUCACAGGUAAAAAUCUGCACCCUGAUGUGAUUGGCCGGUUGCUGUCUCGAGGGGUGGUUGCCUUCCGCUGCCCGCGAUCAUUUAUGGACCAACCAUUGAUUGAACAUUUCAGCUCUUUCCGUGUGCAGCACAUGGACCUGUCGAACUCAGUAAUAAACGUGUCUACCCUUCAUGGCAUUCUGUCUCAGUGCUCCAAGUUGCAAAACCUAAGCCUGGAAGGCCUACAGCUUUCGGAUCUCAUCGUCAAUAAUCUUGCACAGAACUCAAAUUUAAUGCGACUAAACCUUUGUGGGUGUUCUGGAUUCUCUGAAUCUGCCCUGAAGACUUUGCUAAGCGGCUGCUCCAGACUGGAUGAGCUGAACCUCUCCUGGUGCUUUGACUUCACUGAGAAGCACGUGCAGGUGGCUGUGGCGCAUGUCUCAGAGACCAUCACCCAGCUGAAUCUUAGUGGCUACCGAAAGAAUCUCCAAAAGUCAGAUGUCUCUACCCUAGUUAGAAGAUGCCCCAAUCUUGUCCACCUAGACUUAAGUGACAGCAUCAUGCUAAAGCAUGACUGCUUUCCGGAAUUUCACCAGCUCAACUACCUCCAACACCUCUCACUCAGUCGAUGCUAUGAUAUAAUACCUGAAACUUUACUUGAACUUGGAGAAAUUCCCACGCUAAAAACACUACAAGUUUUCGGAAUCGUGCCAGACGGAACCCUCCAACUGCUAAGGGAAGCCCUUCCUCAUCUACAGAUUAAUUGCUCCCAUUUUACCACCAUUGCCAGGCCAACUAUUGGCAACAAAAAGAACCAGGAGAUAUGGGGCAUCAAAUGCCGACUGACACUGCAGAAACCCAGUUGUCUAUGAAGUAUUUAUUGCAGGAUACAGUAUCUUCUUUGGAACAGGGGAAAUAGGAAGGACACCCAAUGGCAGGGCCACUCAGCUAGUUUUAGUCUUCGCUUUCCCUUUGCUUCAUUCUGCAAGUAUAUUAGAGAGCGAUUUGAGAGGGAAAUGGGAAGUACUGCUUUCCUGAAAGGACUAUAGAAGCUUCUGUUAGUGCUGUGCUCUUCUGAACCUAAGUUGUAGGCCUUUUGAAAUGUUAGGAAAAUGAGCCUAUAAUUUCAAGAUACCUGAAAAGAGCAAAAUUUGAGCCACCUCUUCAAGUGCCCUUGUGUUAGUCUAUUUAGAAGCAAGUUUUAAAAUUACUAUCAGCAGUCUUUAUAGUCUACAUGGUAAACUUUUUAUCUAUUUAAUUUUUCAGCAUUGGUUUAUAAGAUGUAGCUUGAAAGAACAAUAAGCUAAUUGUAUUAUGGGCUGACCAGAAUCGGGAUGGUAGCCUUUGAGGCAAUCUCUUCUAGGGAUUAAAAAAAAAAAAAAAGGGUGCAUUUCAACUCAGCCUUUAGAUUUGAAAUUAGGUUAAUACAAAAAAAAGCCCCAUGUAAUUUACUUUAAAACUUAAAUUAAAAAACAAAUAGAACUCACCAGAAAUGCAGAACCAAUAUAGGAUUUGAAAGCUCAAGAGACAUUUUCUACAUCAGAUUAAUUUGAAGUAUCCUUUAAUGUUCAUUAAGAUACUAAAUUCCCAGAAUUCUAAAUUAGGUAAGGAAAUAUAAUUGUGGUUUUCUAACUUCGUAAUCAAAUUAUGUGAAUGAGUUGUUCUGCUUUUAGAAUGGUAUUAACCAGUCUCCAUUCUUGAAAAGCUCAAUGGAAGAAUUCGGAAGUUGUCUGCUGUUUUCCUUUAGUGUUGAGGUUCUUGAGAUUAUUUUUAUAUUACUCCGGAAUCACGUAUUUUGUCUUUUUUUCUAAUGGUCCUUUGUAGUAUUUGUUUGAAACUAUCUACUUUAUAAGGUUAUUGAACCUAAAGUUCCAUAAGAACUGCAUGUUCCUGUAAAUCAGAAAUACACACUAGAGCAGAAACGUGCCAUACCGUUUUAGAGCAGUAAGCACUACUUGCACCUACGUAAGAGUUAAGACUCAGGUGUUGGAAAAAAAAAAAUCAGUGAUUUCAAAAAUUGAAAAACAGGUACAAGGAAACAAAGAUCAAAUUCUGCUUCUUGAAAAUCACAAAAAAAUUAACAGAUGACCUCCCCAUAUGUGAAAAAUGCAAUGGAAGUGCCAAAAACCAUCAUAUCUAUUAACUUUUUUAAAUCCAGCUUUUUAAAUGUUAGAAAUAGUAGUAUGAAGUGCCCUUAUCUGCUCAGAUCUAAGGAAGAACAUUUUAAAGUAGUGUUACACAGGAAAUGAGUAUGUUUCAAUUUCUUAGUAGUUCAAAAGUGCUAAAUACUACUUGAAAUUAUUGUUUACAGAUUAGUGACAAGGGCUGGUGACAGGAUCUGGUUGGACGUUGACUUCCAGAUGCCCCCCGUGACAGUGCCUAUACUUCAAACUCAAGUCCAGCCAUAAGCUAGUUUGCCAACAUGUCAGAGUAAUCUGUAUUUUUGUAUGUGAUUUCUACUUUUAUAGACUUGUAUUAAAAUAAAACACAUUUUUAUAA